AUGCCGACCAAACCGGCGCAGACCACGGGGAGGGGUCCAACGGGGUCAACCCAAUCUCGGGGGUCCAAUCCGUCUAGACACGACGAUUCGGGCUCUGGAGCAGAAACUCCCGCCCGUAGACGCCUGCAAAAGGCCGCCUCUACUACUUUCCAUAUGAAUCCCUCCACCAAUUUCGAUUCGCAGUCUUCGAGAGGCAUUGCAGGCCCGCGCUCAGGGGAAAUGGGAAGGAGAAGAUUGUCCAUCAGAGGUCCAAAGGCUCCUCAGGGGCCUCGCCCACAGGAUGCUUCGCGUGGGAACAAACCCUCUGCCCCCUACUUCCACUCCGAGAGUUCUUCAAUCGAUUCCACAAACGAUGCGACAGUGGGUUAUAAUCUCCGAUCUACGAGUGUGGGCAACCUGUCGAAAGCGGAGCCCAGCCAAACCCCUCCAGCGGAGAAAGGGGAAUUUCUGGCCCCGAUCAGCUUCGAUGACUUCCACAACAGCAUCAUGGCUGAGCCCAGUCUCAAUCAUUUCCCCAUGCCUGGUAACGGCGGUGCGGGAUCAGAAAAUCGGGACUCUGGGUUGUCUAUAAACAGCUCCUGGACGGCUCACAGCUAUGAGAGCACUACCUCGGAGCGGGCCAAGGGACCUGCAUCUCGCCGGAAGAGCGAAGUCCACCGCUUAAAUGGUCAGACUCCUACAAACUCAGGGCUAUCAAUGGCCUCCGCCAAUUCCCGUAGCCGCCGCCAAAGUCUUGCCCAAACCUCCGCCGCGACUGCCGCCAGCACGCGAGGCUCCCGCAAGUCUAUAAGCUCAGGUGCCUUCGCGCCCACCAAUGCGUCGGCUAGGCGCGCUAGUCUCAGCGCUCGUAAAGUCAGCGUGGACACAACGCGAAUGGAUGCGAACAACUUCCUUCGCCCGCGGGCACAACAACCGGACCAAGUUCAAGAUGAGCCUAAAGUUCCGUCGUCGGUCCGAAGUCUAAAGGCCAAAUCUUUCCAACCAUCUCCGCGCGAGCCACGCAGUACAUUCUUGACGGCAGCUAAGUCCACGGAUCAUACAAGGUCUUCAUCGACCAAUGCGGUUCGUACGCCAGUCAAGAACUCCACUGGACUUAAUGGCGUGAACACGACACCCUCCUCAUCCUCCAAGCGCAUGUCUACCAUGCCGCACGCGACCGGCUUGGGCGCCCGCACCAUCAGUCCUACAGAUGCACGACGCAUGAAACGAAUGUCAAUCGCGCCUCCAGCACCACCUAUGCCACACACUCCUCCCACGCAGACGGAGCCUCUUCCCACCCGACCCAUAUCUACAAAUCAAUCUCCAUCAUUUAUUCCGAGGAAAAGCGUCACCCCUUCCUCUAACCGAACUACUCCUGAUCCGAACCGCAAGUCGUAUAGCUCUGGACUGUCAUUGUCAUCAAACACUAGCUACAACUCUGUUCGGAAUUCUGGGAGUUCGCUCCAACCUCGUCUGUCUCAGAAUUUCUCGUCAUCACGUCUACCAACUCCCAAGCCACGUACGGAGCAAACUACAAAGGAUUCGGAAGAAGAGGUACCUCCUGUUCCCGCAAUCCCUAAGGCAUACGAGUCUCCCAAGGGCGAGCUUGAUGCGCCAGUCUUUCCUGCGCCGAGAAAGUCAAGCUUGCCGGUCGAUAUCAGCCUCCUCAACAUUGCACGAGACUCAGAUUCCGAUGCCCACGGCAGUCUUGGUAUGAAUGGAGGCGACAAUGCUGACAUCACUAAUGGCCGGGUGACGAAAACCCCAGAGUCACGGACGCGAACUUCCACAGUGCUGGGUCGCAAGGGUCUGCAGCCAUUGAAGCUGCCCCCUCUCAACUUGCUUCCUCUGGGGACUCCAAUGACAACGAAGAUUGAGGCAUUGAGGGACAGAGAGGCCGAGGAGAGGAAGGCUCACACCCCUUCCAACCAGGUCUUGUCCAAGACACCAAGUACUCCUAUGACUGCCUCCAAGGCCAACUUUUGGUAUCGUGAUGAGGAUGACAAGGGCCCAGCCACCCAAGUUCGCAGCAGCACGUCGCACUUUGCGCUUAGCUCCAUCUCCACAGCAGGACUGCGCACGGCCAGCAGCACCAGUGCCUUUGGCCCUACAGAUACGCCCAAUGGUACUCGCAACAUCUCACCAUACGCUUCGUAUACGCUCCCCAAAUCCGGCUCCGAGUUCAAUGCUCUCCGUCACCAGGCAAGCGGCGAUUACUCCAACCGAGUAUCCCAGUCCUACAAACUUACUGGGCCUCGACCUCAGACGCAGAGUGCCAUUUUCGCACCAGCUUCCGAAAGACUUAGCCAGAUCUCGACACCAUCUGAGCCUGAAAGUACCACUGUGGUGCCGGCCUCUACUCUAAAAGAUCGGAUCAAUGUGGCUAGACUCCGCAGCAAUUCCAAAGCAAAUCUUUCGUCUGAAGCUGAUACCGACCGCUCCAAGUACGAUAACAUGCCACCACCGAAGCUUCCGGCUUCUGCAACAUGGAACAAUUUUUCUUCCGUGACCUCGACCAGCCCUGUUACGAAAACUUCCUAUCUCAAGCCUCGGCGCCAGUCCUCCGUCUCCAGUAUCACAAAACAGGCUGCUCCUCGGAAGCCAAGUGUGAGCAGCGAUCGGAGCCUUCCCCUUGAGCAUACCACUACCAAUGAAUCCAUGAGCAGCGACCAUUCUCACAACCGUGCCACUAACAACUAUGUGUCCUCUGUACACAAGAUUAUCAACACUGCUCGAUCUAGCGCGGCGGCCACUUCGCGCACUGCUGAUGCUAGCGUCGACGCAGAUACAGUCAUCGCAGAUGAAGAAAUGAGGCGUCUGGGCGCGAAGAGAAAGGACUUUGAGACAGCGGCCAGGCAAUUGGAUGAACUACGUCGCAAGGCAGGGCCAAAGGAUCGCGUUAGUCCCGCUCAGGCGCUUAAGAUGGCAAACUUGAACAUCUUUGAGCGUGGUGAGAUCAUUGACUACCGUGACAUCUUCUUCUGCGGCAAGCAAAAUGCGAAGAAGCAUGUUGGAGAUCUGCACUCGGGCGCUGCGAACUUUGGCUAUGACGACGAUCGUGGUGACUAUAACAUUGUAAUAGGUGACCAUCUCUCCUAUCGCUACGAAGUUGUGGAUGUCCUAGGCAAGGGAAGUUUCGGACAAGUCGUGCGCUGCGUCGACCACAAAACCGGCGCUUUGGUCGCUGUCAAGAUCAUUCGCAACAAGAAGCGUUUCCACCAGCAAGCUCUCAUCGAGGUCAACCUCCUCAAGAAGCUCAAGGACUGGGAUUCCGAACGCCGGCAUAGUGUGGUCGCGUUCGAUCAAAGUUUCUACUUCCGCGGCCACCUGUGCAUCUCAACCGAACUUUUGGGCAUGAAUCUCUACGAGUUCAUCAAGGCACACGACUUCCGCGGAUUCUCGCUCAAGCUUAUUCGCCGUUUCACCAAACAGAUGCUCAGCAGUCUGGUUCUUUUGCACGCCAAGAAGGUCAUUCACUGCGAUCUGAAACCUGAGAAUAUUCUUCUUGUUCACCCGCUGAACUCGGAGAUUCGAGUUAUCGACUUUGGGUCAAGUUGCUUUGAGAAUGAAAAGGUCUAUACAUACAUCCAGAGUCGUUUCUAUCGCUCUCCGGAAGUCAUUCUCGGAAUGUCAUACGGCAUGCCCAUCGACAUGUGGAGCUUGGGCUGUAUUCUGGCCGAACUGCUCACUGGUUAUCCCAUCUUCCCUGGUGAGAACGAACAGGAACAGCUGGCCUGUAUUAUGGAAGUAUUUGGUCCUCCCGAGAAGCAUUUGAUCGAGAAGAGCACUCGCAAGAAGUUGUUCUUCGAUUCUCUCGGGAAACCGCGCUUGACUGUUUCGUCCAAAGGACGCCGUCGCCGUCCAAGCUCUAAGGACAUUCGUCAAGUUCUCAAGUGCGAUGACGAAGCCUUCUUAGACUUCCUCUCUCGUUGUCUCCGCUGGGACCCUACUCGUCGACUCACCCCCCAUGACGCCUUGAAACACGAGUUCAUCACCGGAGUCAAAUUGUCUACUCGGCCGCGGAUGUAUGCUGCUGUCGCGUCUCCUUCCAAGCGAUCGGCUACAACGUCCAAUGCACGCCCGCUUCCCGAGCCUCCUGGUGGUACCCUGAAGAGUGCUCGCACUCGCGAUAUUUCGGGCAGUUCCCCGGUCAAGGGCUCCAGCGGAAAACGGCACUCAACGGUCACCGGUCUGCCGCCAUCUAGCCCCGCUAAGCGAGGGUCAAACACUACCACUAUCUCAGGGACUGGGUUGCCUCGUGCCUCGGCACGCAGUAUCAGUGGGAAGCCAGACCUCGCCACGGCGGCAGCUGCGACGAGCCUUGUGAGUUAA